AUGAUGGAGCAUACCAGCACCAAAAACAAAAACAUUGCCAGUGACACCAAAGAGAGUAUUGGGGAUGCCAAAGUAAACGACGAUGCCAAAGAGAAUGGCAAAGGAAAUGCCAGUGAUGGCAAACUGACCAAUGACACCAAAGAUAAUCCCGGUGAUGCCAUGGAGAGUACUGACGGAACUCCCAGUGAUGCCAAGGAGAACAAUGAUUCUCAUGGGAAUGCUUGUGAAGCCAAAGAAAAGAGCAGCAAAAGAUAUAAAAAGGGAGGAGAUGGCCAGCUUCCCAGCUCCAGCUCCAGUAGCAGCUCUUCAGAUAGUGAAGAUGAAGGAAAGCUUGGAAGUGGAGAGAAAAAGAAAAAAGUGAAGCAAGUUAAGGCGACCGAGGGAGACAGCAACAAAGGGCAGUGCAAACAUUAACAGGAACGAAGAACCUGGAUGAAAUGUUUAAAGAAGACUUUACUAUUCUCUCUUGGCAUCUUUAUAUUUUAGAUUAAUCUUUGUCUGUUUGGUUUGAUGUCCUCUACUUCUGUUCAUUGUACUUGACCAGCCUGAGGAGAACUAUGCAGAAUGUAAACUGAUCAUUAAGCGACUUCUCAAUGAGUAACUUUCAUAUCUGUUCAUUCUAGAAGUAUGAAAAGAUGAAUUAGGGGCUCAGAAUAGGCCAUUCAGCCCUUCGAGUUCAUUGUGCUGUUUGAUAAGAUCAUGGGUGAUAGUGGCCUCAAAUCCAUUUCUCUGCCUAUCCCUGAUACCAAUUCACUCCCUCCAUUAGUCAAGAACUUCUACCUCUGGGUUCAAAACAAUAAAUGACACUGUCUCCACCACUCUCUGGGGAAGAGAUUUCCACAUUCUCUCUAUCCACGGAAAGAAAGGUUCUCCUCAAUUGUCCUUUAAAAGGAAGACCUUUUAUUGUUUAAACUGUGUCUCCUUUUUAUAGCCUUUCUGACAAGGGAAGUAUUUUCACUCUAUUCUGUAAUUUAAUUUAUUGGCCUGCAGCUGCCUGGGCCCUAAACACAGGAAUUCUCUCCCCACACCUCUCUCUUUUUCUCCCUUAAAACGCUUCCUAAAACCUACCUCCUUGAACAGGUUUUUAGUCACCUGUCCUAAUGUCCUUAUGUGCAGAAUUGGUUUGUCUGAGAGCACCCCUGUGAAGAAAAAUGACAGUUUUGUCAUUGUAUCCAAAGAUACAUUUAUGUUGUAAGUUGCCAAUGUAAAUCUUGAGACAGAAUGCUGUUGUAUUAAAGAUGCAUUGAAUCAGA